AUGCGACAUCCAUGCCCGGAUGCAUGCGAGGACGGUGACAUUGCUACCAUUGUCAGAGGCUUGAGAAAUAUGGGAGGUGUGGGCACGUGGAAUGGUCCUUACCCCGUCAUGGUCUAUAUCCACGGUGGCGCCUUCACCAGCGGUUUUUCCUUCAACGACACUCCACACUAUUUCGUGGAGAAGGGAGUUAUGUUGGUGGCAACAACCUAUCGUCUCGGUGCCCUUGGCUUUCUGAGCCUGCAAAACGACGAUAUCCCAGGCAAUGCUGGCCUCAAAGACCAGGUGCUGGCGCUGCAGUGGGUGCAAAGCAACAUCGCCACCUUCGGUGGGGAUCCUAGCAGGGUUGCUACUUUAGGGGAAACCCAAGGGCUCUUCAGCGAAGUGAUGAUGCAAAGUGGGGUAGCUACGACCCCCUGGGCGCUGACUGACAAUCCUCACGAGACGGCCUACCGUAUGGCGGAGGCGCUCGGUUUCCAGGCACAGGGCGAUAACCACACUGACGACGACGGGGUGCGGUUGGCUGCCUUCUUUCGCGCUGCCACCUACUCAGACCUCAUCAACGACGUCUCUAUCGCAGUCUCGGAUAUCGAGAACCGCUGUCCACUAUCGCUGGCGUUCGUAUCCGUCGUGGACCCGCCAUCUGACUCUGCGGUGAUCGUCCAGCCUCUAGAAGACAUUCUCAGGACCGGCAGUUACAACCAGGUCCCCAUAAUUGUGGGCGUCACUUCCGCAGAAGGCACCAUCAUACCCACAUGA